AUGGGUAGCAAUCAGAAAAGUACUUAUUCAUUCAAGUUCAGGAAUCCAAAGCUAGGAUUGAUUAAGGGAUUGAUCUCAGAUGACUUCCAAUUGGCACCAACACUGGAAGAGUUCUCGCAUAUAGCAGACAUUGUUAUCAAGGAUGAAUUCCCUUACACCGGUCUAGGGGAAUUUCCUACACAUCAACAAAUAGGUUCAUCUAUACAUCUAGAUAAAGCGGAAGUGAAAGUUAAUCUUGGACCAAAAGGAGACACUUUGGGCUUCACUUUGAAGUUCUUAGUGGGAAAAGCUUCAGAUUUCAAAAGUAAAGAAGAUUGGGUCGCUUUCGAUGGUGUGUUAGCCUUGAUACUCUGUGGGAUUGUCUUGUUCCCGAACAUUGAUGACUUCGUGGACAUGAGUGUUAUACGCAUUUUCUUGCUCAAGAAUCCCAUUCCCAUCUUGCUUGCAGAUGUUUAUCACUCCAUCCAUUGGAGAAAUGAGAAGAAGGGGGGGAUGAUCCAGUGUUGCGCUCCUUUACUGUAUAAAUGGUUCUUAUCUCACUUACCAAGCAAAAGGCCUUUUGUUCAGAACAAGGAUAACCUCAAGUGGUCUCAAAAAAUCAUGUCUCUCAUUGCCAAUGACAUCACCUGGUACUCUCGUGUUUAUGAUGAUGUGGACAUAAUUGUCAAAUGUGGCAACUUCCAUAAUGUGCCACUCAUAGGAACUCGAGGUUGCAUCAAUUACAACCCUGAGCUUGCUAUACGGCAACUUGGGUUUCCUAUGGAUGACAAACCAGAAGACAAGUUGUUAGAAGGUUUCUUGCUGGGAGAAGGAGUGAAGGACUUUGAUCUGGUGAAGAGGAUAGGUCGUGCCUGGACUAAAGUUCGUAGAGAAGGAAAAAGGGAGCGUGGAAAGAAGAAUUGUAUAGCUAGAGGGCCAUAUACGAGUUGGAUCCAAGCCAAAGCUUCUCAAGACAAACUAACAUACCCUUUUGAGCCUCCAAUGCAUACAAAUCUUCCAGAACCUACUCACGUCACUAUGGAGGAAGCUAAAGAGCUCAAAGUUGUCAUCCAAAGGUUGGGAAAAGAGAAUGAAGAGCUACGGUUGAACCUUCUCCGGAUUACUGAAGAAAGGGAUAAUCAUAAGUGGGAGCUUGGGCGGAAGAAAACAAAACUUCAAGCAAAUGUGGAAAGGACUGACAAGGAGGAAUAUAAGAGAAAAAGAGUCAAGCAUGGGUUAGAUCAGGCUGACAACUACUUGAAUACCGUCAAAAGCCAACUGAAAAAGGAUGAGAGGGAUUGUCAUGAGAAAGAGAAAUAG